ACAAAUUGAUUAUAUAAAGUUAAAAUUAAUGCAAAAUUAUUUACUAACCAGCUAAGAACGAAUCCUUAACAUGCGUAAAUACAUAAAUAGCGAUCUGUUUUAGAAAUAAAUAAUUAAGAGUUCUUAAAACCAGUGCUUUUCUUUCUCAGAUUGUCAAAGGAAUUAUCGAAACACUUGAAUUGGAUUCACAGAGUGAAAGUGUUCCGCAAAUCUGGGUUGAUUUGUGAGAAUGGCGCCAGUUUCAGCUCUCGCAAAGUACAAGCUAGUGUUCUUGGGCGAUCAGUCCGUUGGCAAAACCAGCAUCAUCACUCGCUUCAUGUACGACAAAUUCGACAACACUUAUCAGGCUACAAUUGGUAUAGAUUUUCUGUCAAAAACUAUGUACCUUGAAGAUCGAACUGUUCGACUGCAGUUGUGGGAUACAGCUGGACAGGAAAGAUUUAGAAGUCUUAUUCCAAGCUACAUUAGGGAUUCAUCUGUUGCUGUCAUUGUUUAUGAUGUUGCAAGUAUGCCAUUUAAAUGCCGUCAGACUUUUCUAAACACAUCAAAAUGGAUUGAAGAGGUGCGCAGUGAAAGAGGCAGUGAUGUAAUUGUUGUUCUUGUUGGGAACAAAACUGAUCUUGUGGAUAAAAGGCAAGUCUCUACAGAGGAAGGGGAAGCAAAGUCCCGAGAGUUAAACGUUAUGUUUAUUGAAGCUAGUGCAAAAGCUGGCUUUAAUAUAAAGGCCCUCUUUCGAAAAAUUGCGGCUGCAUUGCCCGGAAUGGAGACAUUAUCUACCUCAAAACAGGAAGACAUGGUCGACGUGAACCUGAGGUCUUCGGGUGGCCAUGACUCUCAACCUCAAGAGGGUGGAUGUGCUUGCUGAAUGUGCCUUCCUUGUCCUAAAGUUUUGUAUCUUUCUGCUUCAUGCUAUUUAUUUGGAAUGUGUUUGCCUCAGAUAUGUAAAGGUUUAUUAGUCCUUUAGACUUGAACAACUUUAUUUGAGAGAAAUUACUGAAAACAAGUGGAGAGGGAGCAUUGAAAGAACUGAUAUGAUAUAACACAGCUUAUUGGUUAGUCGAUUA